CUAUGCUGCAGUAAACGCGAAGCAACCCCCGCGCCAUACCAUGGUAACCGUAGAGAGUAGGGUGUUCCAGUACUGUUCACAGUCGACCCUGCAGGUACAGCAUAAUAAUUUCGCAGAUUCGACAAACGUAGUUGCCCUAUUAUAAAACCCGCAGUUCACAAUGCAAGCAGAGGACAGCACCAUGGAAAAUCCGGAGCUUGCAGCUCUCUCUUUCGUUGAGGUCCCUGUCGAAAACAAAGAAAAUGUAUUGUGGCCAUGUCUAUUGCUAAGCAAAAGAAGCAAGAUCAGAGAAGCGAAAGCGGCUAUCAAACACGGAGAGAAGGAAGGGGAGGAAGCCGACAAAGACAACAAGGCCUUUGAAUCUAGUACAAAAGUUAGCAUUUCUGAGGAAGUCCCAGAUGAUGAAGAACCUCCGCCUUCCCCCGCUCCUCUUCUUGUUUAUCAAAGCUGCCAACACGUGGAGGUUGCCUAUUUGCUCGGUAAAGCAGGUACCACUCCUGAAUCCCGUCGAUUGAUAUUCAAUCCAAAGACGUGCAGUUAUCACGACAACAUGCACAUAGCUCUUCAACAGAAAACUCCCCAUUUCAAAGAAGCAAUGCAAGAAGCGCGCAUAUUGAAAGAUCUGUUUUCGGCGCAGGGGCCGGCAGGUGCAGAAUUUGAUGUGCCAGAAGGGGAGUCGACUGACAUUUUGAAAGAUCUCUUUUCCAACGAAGCGGUUGGUGCAGAACCUGAUGUACAAGCAGCUGACUUGUUGAAAGAUCUGUUUCCGAAAGAACCUGUUGGCGCAGAAGUUUCCCUGUUGGAUUCAAGGUUCCCUGACGCGGACCCGGAGUUUUCCGAGUCUAGAGCGGUCUUCGUCCCUGUUCCCUUGUUGGCCGAAAACGACACCACAGUUCCGUGGCCUGGGCUCGUCUUCCACGACAUACAACGCCUAGUAGACGGCCUUAAGGCUCGCGGGCUCCUUGGUAACACGAUGAACCAAUUAAGCAUCACGAUGUCCGUGUGUAAACUGUGCCAACAGCAAGAGAAAUUUCCCUUUGUGUAUCUUUUUGGAAAUCCACCUGCCGACGUCGUGAUGCCCGUAUCAACCCGAGGCGACUUGAUCCGCUAUUCCACUGAUCUUUCGGCUGUUCGCCUUCACCAGCAGUACAGCCAAAACGGAUUCAUGAACGCCUUGAACUGUCUACUUCAAGCGCUCGCUUGGUCGGCACCGAAUAAGCAUAGUACCACAUCUAAAGGGACUGAAACCCAGAAAGUCGAAGUUGACAAAUCCACCAACAGCGUAAAGGCCAAGGUCUCGCUUGCGAAGAAGCAAACAAAGAAGCGCCGCAGCGAAACCGUACUGUCGGAUGUAUCCAACCGCGUGAAGAAGGUGGCAGCGAACAAGAAGUCCAAAAAGCCUAAACCCCGGGCAAUCCAGCAGGACGCGAAACCGAAAGAGAAAACUGUGUCAUUUGAUCCCUUGAGAAUGGAACAGUUGCCAACGUUUCAAGAUGUCAAAGCGACACUGGAAGACCUGGGAUACAGCUUUCGCCCGGACUUGUUCUGUCUACCUGGGAUGGACCCAGACCUAAACCCUGCCUCCCAGAAAGGUCAAGACCACUUCCCAUCAGAAAGAAGCUUUCGAGAACACCUCUGUAGACAUGGCAUUCCAGUUGGCAAAGGCAAGAAUCCUCGACGUGGUGCUCUCGACAAAAAGCUAGAGGUUUGGGUUGCCAGCCAUCGGCUUGCGGCACUUCUUGAUGAGCUCCAUAGGCCUUUUUCGUCUGUCACCAAGAUUCGACCAGAUGAUUUCCGAGCGAUGUUGAAGAACAAGUGCGACAUUGAAUGGACUUGCAACAAAUGGAGAAUUGGCAGCAGCGGCGCGAGGCUGGAAGAUGAAGACUUCCACAACCAGGUUUCCAAGGAAGGAAUACCCUUCAACAUCUCAACGCUUUGCGAUGAAGAUAGGUUGUCUCUGGAGCAAUACGUUGGACUGCCAGACUUCCGCCGUUGUCCUUGGACAUGAAGCAACGAGGAGGACUGAACGCCGCAGCGCGUAACCCUCGGUGAGGCAUGUUGCGCCAGAUCGUUGUGGUACAUCGUAGUUGUACACGUAGAGUAGAGUUGUACACGUAGAGCAAUGCUGUUGUGUAUGUGUCCUUGUGCCUCGCUUCGUUUUCGUCCC